AACAGUGGGAUCAUACCUUGGGAGAGAAGGGGACAGAGGGAGGGAGAGUAAAGCGGAGGAGGAGGAGGAGGAGGAGAAGAGAGAUAGGAGUGCAGAGAGAGAGAGAGAAGAGGGAAGGGAAGAGAGAUGUGUAUGAAAUAAACCACAGAACAAGUGAUGUAAGAAGGGAAAGAGACAGAUUGCGGGGAAGGUAGUGGCAGCAAUAAAAUAUAGCAAGUAGAGAAAAAUAAGGAUAAGAGACAGGAGGAGAGAGAAAAGAAAGGUGGUGAAUAGUGAAUUAGAGAGCAGGGAAGACAGAAGGUCGAACACUGAGAGAAGAAGCCGGAAAAAUGUAGGUAUAAGGUUUUUUCUAGAAAAAAAAAAGCAGGAGACGAGGAAAUGAGUGAAAAUAUUGAGGAUAUAGGACUUCCCCGGCUUCUAUCUUCUUGCUCCAUUCAACCUCCUAUCCCAUCCAUCCUUGGGCACACCUGCUUCAAGAUGCUUCUGCUCUUCUGACCCCUUUCAUCCAUAACGCCUCAAAGUGCUUUUUUUUUACCCCCUUUUCUCUACCCCCCAAUUGGAAUACACCUGCUCUUCUCUUCACCUGAAACACAAGGACAAGCUCAGCCGGUUCAUGGGUUUUUGAGGGUCCAUCGUUGAGGAGCACGUUCACCCUUUGACUUUUUCGACUGGCACCAUUGUUAAGCACUUAACGAAAGGAUGUUGUUGGCCAACGCUCCGUCGCUGCUUCUGGUCCAGGUCAUUGCAGUGGGAGUCAGUCUCGCCCUCACUCUCCAAGACCAAUGUGAGAACCUUCAGUAUAAUCCAAAUAUUACAGGUCUUGCCUGCAAUAGCUCCAUAGACAUGAUUGGGACUUGCUGGCCUCGGACUGCAGCCGGACAGCUGGUGGCCAGACCGUGUCCUGAAUAUUUCCAGGGGGUGCAGUAUAAUACUACAGGUAAUGUGUACAGAGAGUGCCACCUCAACGGUAGCUGGGCAGGGAGAGGAGAUUAUACCCAAUGCCAGGAAAUCUUGAAGCAAGAGAAAAAGACUAAAGUGCAUUAUCACAUUGCGAUCGUCAUUAAUUUCCUGGGUCACUCCAUCUCCUUGUGUGCCCUUCUUGUGGCUUUUAUCCUGUUUUUGAGACUGAGGAGCAUCCGGUGCCUUCGCAACAUCAUCCAUUGGAAUCUAAUAACUGCUUUUAUUCUACGGAACGUCACAUGGUUUGUGAUGCAGCUCACGCUAAGCCACGAGGCUCAUGAUAGCAACGUGGUUUGGUGCCGUCUGGUGACUAUUGCUCACAAUUAUUUUUAUGUCACAAACUUCUUCUGGAUGUUCGGGGAGGGCUGUUAUCUGCACACGGCCAUUGUUUUGACUUACUCUACAGACAAACUGCGCAAGUGGAUGUUCAUCUGUAUUGGUUGGUGUAUACCGUUCCCCAUCAUCGUGGCCUGGGCCAUUGGGAAGUUGUACUACGACAAUGAGAAGUGCUGGUUCGGUAAGAAGGCUGGAGUGUACACGGACUUCAUCUACCAGGGUCCAGUAAUCCUCGUGCUGCUGAUAAACUUUAUAUUUUUAUUUAACAUUGUGAGAAUCCUGAUGACGAAGCUCCGUGCCUCCACCACUUCGGAGACCAUACAGUACAGAAAAGCCGUUAAAGCCACUCUGGUCCUCCUGCCUCUCCUUGGCAUCACCUACAUGCUGUUCUUUGUCACUCCUGGAGAAGAUGAAGUCUCCCGCAUUGUUUUUAUCUACUUCAACUCAUUCCUUCAGUCCUUCCAGGGUUUCUUUGUAUCUGUUUUCUACUGUUUCCUAAAUAGUGAGGUGCGUUCGGCGGUCAGGAAGCGGUGGCACCGUUGGCAGGACAAACAUUCUAUACGAGCCCGCGUCGCUAGAGCCAUGUCUAUCCCCACGUCGCCCACGAGAGUCAGUUUCCACAGCAUCAAGCAGAGCUCCGCCAUCUGACUCCCCUGCGAAAGGGGUA